AUGGGUGUACCUCCAAACGCAAACGUGUCGCCGUCAGCACCUGCAGAAUUGGUAGCAGCUAGAAGUAUUUGCUGGUGCGAUGCCGCAGGAGGUUCCAUGCCGCCUGGCGCAGUCGAGGGUGGCCACGAUGGAGAGCCGCUGUUUGUUGGUCGUGCCAGUCAUGAAGGCGCGAUGAUUCCUGGGAAGGUUAAACCCAGCCAUGGGGUUUGUUACGUUGCUUGGGGAGGUGAAGAACAUGGAAAAUCUGAUUAUCAGGUUUUGUGUGGAUGCAAGCCUCAAUGGGUAGCAACAAGCGGUGGAAACAUUCCCGCAAACGCAAUUCCCGCUGGCGAAACCGAAGACGGCGAGCCCUUGUUCGUCGGUCGUGUCAACCACGAAGGGACAGUCACCAUCGGCAAGGUCCAGGCUUCCCACAAUGUUUGCUACAUUGCCUACGCCGGGGCGGAAGUUCCGUUCCCUGAAUACGAGGUCCUUGUCGGCCAAUAA